AUGGAAGAAAAACAGUCUACCAAGCCUGAUAAUGUACGUAGAUUCAAACCGGAGCCAUUAGAGACAUCCUCCAGGACGAACCGACCGCAAACCUCUCAAACCUCGGAUAUAUCCGCCUCGUCGCAAGGAUCGAAUGAGACCCAUAUCUCAGGCGAAAAUAAUGGCGGCGGAAACGCGAUCUCGGGACAAGGAAUUGACAAAGCUAAGCAGCCGCCAACUGUGCCUAGAUUUAGGACUGGGCGAGUUUUGCCACAGCCCACGGAAACAUCUUCAAGACAUUCUCGGCUGAAACCAAAAGAGGCCAGGAACAUAAACGAUUCCUUAGAGAGGGAACAUUCAUCUCAGAAUCCCCUCUCACCUACAAGUAGCACAAAAGUAUCACCAUCCGUGUCAAGUGAAUCAUCACCUUAUGGAACACGAACUGUGACUCAAAAUGAGGGGGAACAGUCGGAUUCACCCGGACGAGAAUCCAACGAGAAAACGAGAAAACGACGGCCUUUAAGAAGGUUUCAACCUGAACCUGUGGAGUCAAUGAAACGAAGCAGGAGACGACCAACUGGCGAACCCGCAGGUAAUACUGCCCGGCGAGAAACCCCCAGGAAGUUUCCUCCACAAUUAAUCGAAACUGGAAAGCGUUCUUUUCGCAGGGCGGAAACCAAGGACUUAGUUUCACCUUACCAAUCGUGGCGACCUACUCAGAGUUCUAUUUCUGUUGCCUCGGAUCAUUCGGCAUUCGAUUCCGAAGCAUCGCGUUCAUUCCCAACUGAAUCCAGAUUCUCUUAUGCGAAUUUGUUGCAACGACAAGAGGGUAGACGCCAUUCUUUUAGAGUGCCAGACUUACCUGAUAUCCCGUCAAACAGUAGCGAGGACUCAGAUGGCUCUGAUUUGCCUUCACGGUCCACAUCCCCAUCUGGAUUGUCCCAGAAAGACACGAAAUCUUCAACAAUGAAUGACCAAUUUCGAGAAAGCUGUGAUGAGCGCUUUUCCAGCUAUCUUCUGUCGUUAGCGGCACAAUGUGCCGAGAAACAGCUUCGAGACCAAGCUCUGGCUGCAUUCCCUAACGAGCAAGUUCAUCAAUCUGUGUCCCAUUUUGCCAUCGAUGGUGACGAAGACUCGGAUAAUGAGAAUCGAGGCCAUUCUACGAGUUACCCACACGCCUUUCGCCGGGAGUCCACCACCGAUUUAACCUGGGAACUAGAAGAAAUGCGUCGACAUAAAGAAGAGGCCGAGUUGAAAGAUGGUGGGCAGCAAGGCAAGGGGGUUAACGAAUCUAAGUUUUCUGCUGCUGCCAUCGCUUCUAGGCAGCUUGAGCAGAGCACGCCUUUCCUCGAUGGUUGGCAAAAAGACAACGGGCUGAAGCACAUGCGACAUGCCGCCAGCCCGCCAAUGUUGGGCCACGAUAUUGUUUUCCCCAUGAGUGUUUCACCGCAAGGAACAACAUACGAAGAUGAAGGAGACAGUCAUCGUUUCGAGGAGACGAGCAAGACAGGCGACGGCGGCCAAUCAAGCGGUCUUUGGAAUUCUUAUCCUCACGGAAAAAAUAGGAACGAAAAAGGGCUAUGGGGUGGACUAUGCCGGAACGAUGAGGAGCCUGACCUUUCUCGCUUUAAAACCGGCAUUGUCACUCCGCAACCGGAUAUUGACGGCGACUCCUAUUUUAGUUUGAACCAGGUGGCUCAUUCAAACCCAGACACACAAUACCCUGGAAAGCCUUCGGAUCCAGGAUCUCACCUCAGUCAUGUAGACAAGAUGCUCGGGAUUGAGACGGAGGUAGAACGCGAGUUCCAUGACGGGUUUGUCUCUCAAGUCUACAAUUACCUAUCCCUUGGGUAUCCAUCCCUGGCACGUUAUUACGACCACGAAUUGAGCAAAAUAUCUGGUGUCUCUAUCGAUGAUCUCAGAAAGGAUGAUCUCCAUACUGAUGCAAAGGGCUAUGUUGGAGUCCCAGACCGUUCAAGGGUUGAUAAAGAUAGAACGAUCCUGGACAAAUGUAUGCGAUGGAAUGCGCUGCGACUGUACAUCCACGAAUGGGCCAAGCAGCGGCCAGAGAUGGUUAGUAAUGGGGAGAGCCUGAAUGCAUGGGGUGUUCGUGAACGUAGAGGUAGCUGGGCAAUUUAA